AGUCAUAAAAGAGUUGACCAAAUCAAGAUGAGAUCACAUCUUUUCCGGCGAACCACCGGUUCACCAUCUCCGCCGACUCCCUUAAUCCUUCUUCCAUCACUCCUCCUCCUAAUCUCCACCACCACCGUCGCCGCCGCCACCUCCGACACACCAACGGCGUACGACGAGCUAUUGGCCUACGAUUUCCCCGUAGGUCUUCUCCCAAUAGGCGUCACCGGCUACGAGCUCAACAAAAACACCGGCGAAUUCAAAGCCUAUUUGCCGGAAACCUGCUCGUUCAAAAUUCAAGGCUAUAAUCUAAAAUACAAAUCAACGAUUAGUGGGGUUAUUGAGAAAGGUAGGUUGAAGAAUCUGAAGGGCAUAAAUAUGAAAAUACUGGUGGUGUGGUUGAACAUCGUGGAGGUCAGCCGUCAUGGUGAUGAGCUUGAUUUCUCUGUUGGAAUUAUGUCGGCUGGAUUUGGGGUAGAUAAUUUGAUUUGGUCAUUGGUUGAGACGGGAAAUGCACGAAGAAGAAGAAUAAUGAUUCUAUCGAGGUGAUGAUUUUUACAUUGUGAUUCAUGAAUAAAUGAUUCGUAAAUCUGAUGUGGAGUUUGUAGAUUACAAAGUUCAUAGUUUUGUUU